UCUCAGUCUAUUCUCUCGAAAACGCCCUUUCAAGAUGAAAGUAGGGGUGGUUGGGGGAGGCGUGAGCGGCCUCGUGGCGGCGUACGAGGCGGUGAGAGGGGGAGCAAAGGUGGUGCUGCACGAGAAGGAGGAUUACUUGGGCGGCCAUGCCAGGACCGCCUCCUUCGACGGCGUCGACGUGGACCUCGGCUUCAUGGUCUUCAAUCGCGUUACGUACCCUAAUAUGAUGGAGUUGUUUGAGAGUCUUGGAGUGGAAAUGGAGAUAUCGGACAUGUCAUUCUCGGUCAGCUUGGACGAAGGCCGAGGCUGUGAGUGGGGAAGCAGAAAUGGUCUUUCGAGUAUGUUUGCCCAGAAGACAAAUGUGUUGAAUCCUUACUUCUGGCUAAUGCUCAGAGAAAUCAUCAAAUUUAAGGAGGAUGUCCUCAGUUACCUAGAAGGACUUGAGAGCAAUCCCGACAUUGAUCGCAGCGAAACUUUGGGACAGUUCAUCAACUCACGGGGUUACUCUGAAUUGUUUCAAAAGGCUUACCUUAUCCCAAUUUGUGGUUCAAUCUGGUCUUGCUCUUCGGAAGGAGUCAUGAGCUUUUCAGCCUUCUCGGUUCUGUCCUUUUGCCACAAUCAUCAUCUGCUUCAGGUUUUUGGCCGCCCUCAGUGGCUUACUGUCCGAAGACGCUCGCAUUCUUACGUGAAUAAGGUCAGAGAUGAGCUUGAGAGUCGAGGGUGUGAAAUAAGAACAAGUUGUGAAGUGCGAUCCAUCUCAACUAGUGAUGAGGGCUGCAUUGUCCUAACUGGAGAUGGUUCCGAAGAAGUAUAUGAUAAGUGUAUUGUAGCUGUCCAUGCACCGGAUGCUCUGAGAUUGUUGGGAGACCAAGCAACAUAUGAUGAAAUGAGAGUCCUGGGUGCAUUCCAAUAUGCCUACAGCGAGAUUUAUCUUCAUCAUGACAAAACUUUCAUGCCCAAAAACCCAGCAGCAUGGAGUGCAUGGAAUUUUCUUGGGACUACUGAAAAUCAAGUGUGCUUGACGUACUGGCUCAAUGUGCUUCAGAACCUUGAUCAGAAGGAUUGGCCGUUUCUCGUGACUCUCAAUCCUUCACAUGAACCGCAACACACAUUGCUUAAGUGGUGCACUGGCCAUCCAAUUCCAUCUGUUGCCGCAUCGAAAGCUUCACUCGAGCUAGAUCAGAUCCAAGGAAAAAGAGGAAUUUGGUUCUGCGGAGCAUACCAGGGGUAUGGCUUCCAUGAGGAUGGAUUGAUGGCUGGCAUGGCUGCUGCACAUGGAGUGAUAGGAAAAAGUCCUUCUGUUCUUGAGAAUCCUCGGCAUAUGGCUCUUUCACUCAAGGAAAUGGGGGCACGCCUUUUUGUUACGAGAUUUCUCCGGCGUUAUAUUACUACUGGCUCAGUAACUUUGUUAGAGGAAGGAGGCACGAUGAUUACCUUCGAAGGAACCAGGGAAAUAUGUCCUCUGACAGUUACCUUGAGGAUCCACAGUCCACAGUUUUACUGGAAGGUCAUGACUCAGGCCGAUCUAGGCAUAGCAGAUGCAUACAUAAAUGGUGAUUUUUCUUUCGUAGACAAAGAUAAAGGCCUUCUAAAUCUUUUUCAGAUUCUCAUAGCCAACAGAAAUACUGAUAAUACUGCCUCGAGAUUAAUUAAGAAAAGGGGUUGGUGGACGCCGAUGUUAUUAACAGCUGGUAUUGGUUCGGCUAAGUACUUCUUCAAGCAUGUAUCAAGGCAAAACACUUUAACACAAGCUCGUAGGAACAUCUCCCGGCAUUAUGAUCUGAGUAAUGAACUUUUUUCGCUGUUCUUGGAUGAGACUAUGACAUACUCAUGCGCGGUUUUCAAGAUGGCAGGCGAAGACCUAAAGGCAGCACAGAUGAGAAAGAUCUCUCUCUUGAUUAAAAAAGCGAGAAUUGAAAAGACGCACAAAGUUCUUGAAAUCGGCUGCGGCUGGGGAAGCUUGGCCAUUGAAGUUGUCAGGCAAACCGGAUGCAAAUACACCGGCAUUACUUUGUCGAAAGAGCAACUGAAGUAUGCUGAAUUGAGAGUGAAAGAAGCGGGCCUUCAGGACCGCAUCACAUUUCUUCUUUGCGAUUAUCGCCAAUUGCCAAGUACCUACAAAUAUGACAGGAUCAUUUCCUGCGAGAUGAUUGAAGCAGUCGGCCACGAAUACAUGGAGGAGUUCUUCGGCUGUUGCGAAUCGGUGCUAGCCAAAGACGGACUUCUUGUUCUGCAGUUCACAUACAUACCCGAUGAGCGGUACGACGAAUACAGGCGAAGUUCAGACUUCAUAAAAGAAUACAUCUUCCCCGGCGGCUGCCUGCCUUCGUUAAGCAGGAUAACGUCAGCUAUGGCCUCUGCGUCUCGACUUUGCGUGGAGCAUCUGGACAACAUAGGAAUCCAUUACUAUCAAACACUUCAGUGUUGGAGGAAGAACUUCAUGGAGAAGCAGAGGAAAAUAUUGGCUCUGGGAUUCGACGAAAAGUUCAUAAGGACGUGGGAGUACUACUUCGACUAUUGCGCAGCUGGUUUUAAGUCGCACACUCUCGGAAAUUAUCAGAUUGUGUUCUCACGUCCAGGAAAUGAUGCUGCAUUCGCCGAUCCGUACGCGAGUUUCCUGCCGUCUAAUUGAUCUUUUUGUUGUGAAGUGACAAAGCACGACCCAACUGAGCCUGCUCCCAGUGGAUUCCCUCAGGGUCAUUCAGCCCUUGGUUCCUGGGAAAUUUUUCUUGCUUCGUUCAGUGAUUCAACAUUCUUUGGCUGUGAAGACCAUAUUCAAACGUGCAAGUUCAUCAGUUGAGGGGACUUCUCUUUUCGUUGUCCAGAACGAUAGUCAAGUCGGUGCAAUUAUUGAUUCAGACAAGGAAUCGGCCAAAAUUCUUCUUCUGCAA